GUGGUCAGCCGGGCAAUUGAGCAACUGUCAAAAUUGUUUCUUUUUUGCUUGGGGUGUUUUAUGUUUUUCUGUGAGACUUUUCUUACAUUUUCUUUUGUAUUCUCUAGUUUAGUGGAAUAAAUUCAACACGAAUGCAAUAAAUAAUCACUCACAAUUACCAUGGCAACAAAUGAAAACCUCGUGGAGGACCUGGUGAAAGAACUGAAGGGUAUUAGUUUGGAGGAUGGUGAGAAUGCGAGUCCACUUUUGGCCAAAAUCUCUGCAGCAGAUCCAAAUAUUUAUGAACAAGUGGACUUAGCUGAGCCUCUGUACAAUCUCCUGGCAUCCAGUUCACUGGACAGUGAUGAAGUGAGGAGUCAAGUGGCCAAAUGCAUAGCCGAUGUGGCUAAAACGCCAGAACAGAGAAAGAGAUUCACCACAAAGCAAACCAUUGAGCUCCUGCUCAAGUUCAUCGGCGAAGCUGACAAACCAGACAAGAUCGUCCUGGUGACGCAAUCUUGUCGGGCUCUGGGAAACAUUUGCUACCUGAAUGACACAGCCCGGAAUAUUGUGGUUGAACUGAAGGGAAUUGCGGAUCUUAUUAAACUUCUCGAUGUCCAGGUGACUGAGGAUUCAUGUGGUGAGCAAUUUCUCAAGGUGAGGUGCGGAGUUAUCUCAAACUUUAUCCUCGGAGGCGAAGACUAUGCCAAGAAAGCCAUGGAUUUGGGUAUUUUGGAUAAACUCGAAGCUACAGCUGUGGAAGCUUCGCAGAGGAUGCCCUUCCCAGAAAUAUUGCUACAAAAUACGCUGCCACCAUUCAGUAUUCUCACUGAAAAUGUGCCAGACCUCAAGUUCAGUACGCCCCUAAAUCAGAGUCUGGUGCGAAUUCUGUCUGCCUCGACGAAUCCCGACCUGGCUGAACACUGCCUGGAUCUGCUGCACUAUCAGGCCGAAAAUGACGAUGUGAAGGUGCUGCUGGCCAAGGAGGGACUCUGCGAAAUCAUCUAUCGGCUGCUGGAAAAGUACAAAACCUUCGCGAGUAGCAGCAGGGAUGCUCGUGCUCUUAUGAAGUCCGCUUGUGAUCUCAUUGUACUUAUUCUCACGGGUGACGAAUCAAUGAACUACCUGUACUCCACACCCUUCCUGGCCAACAUGGAGGCCUGGCUGGACGCAGAGGAUGUUGAUCUGGUGACGACUGGAGUGCUGGCACUGGGAAAUUUUGCACGGACUGAUAGCCAUUGCAUUGACAUGGUUAAGAGCAAUGUGAUGCAAAAGUUGCUGGGCAUUCUGGCCAAAAACAACGGCAGGAACGAUGACAUGAAUCUGCAACAUGCUCUGCUCAGCACUUUGCGGAAUCUCGUGAUACCCAAGGUGAACAAGACGGCAGUGAUUGAAGCGGGUGUGGUGGAUAUCCUUCUGCCAAUGCUGGACAUCCAUGCCCCAUGGGUAGUGUUUAAGCUACUGGGGACACUGCGGAUGACAGUGGAUGGUCAGGAGAAGCUAGCGCUGCAGCUGCUGGCCAAUGAGAAGCUCAUUCGGCAACUGGUAGCGUGGAGCAACUCCACGGAUUAUGCCGGUGUCACGGGUGAGAGUCUGAGGCUGAUGGCGUGGUUGAUAAAGCAUGCAUAUGCUGUCCAUCGACACGAUGGGGCAUCUGCUGCAGCUUCUACCGCCGAUCACAGCAGCUUGGUGCAUUUUGCACGCACAGAUGGCGCUGUCGAGUGCAUGGUGCGGAUGCUGACGUCACAACACCUAGUCAUGCAGAAUGAGUCACUAAUUGCCUUAAGUAUCCUGCUGAUUGUGUUCAGUGGCAGGAAUUCCGCGGCUUCUGAGGAUUCUGUGGACAUUGAGGACCUGCUGGUGGCUGCAAAUGUGGGUGGGAGACUGGCUGAGCUCAUUUCCACGCGAGCUGACUCCAUGACCAAGGAGAUUGUGGAGAAUCUGCAACAAGUGGUGGCUCUGCUGAGGAAGUCCGAUGCACUCGUGAAGCACAUGGCACAGCACAAUAUUGACGAACUGGUCAAGUCCAUUCCCAUUAUCGUGGAAUACUGCACACUGUAAAAUUUGGUCAGGUGAGUGUAACUUAUGAUUACAAUGCUUCUCCUUAAUAUUUUUUUUUAAAACUCUCUAACCCAGUGAGAGAUUCUUAGAAGAAUAACAACAACAAAAAAGAUUAUAAGUAGUGAUUUUCAGUGUUAGACAAAAAAACAAUUUUUGCAUUUAAUCUCUAUAAAUUUAACAAAAAAAAGAAGAAAAACUUGACUGUAACUUUUUCUCAUAUUUACUAAAGACAGAAGAAAAAUCCUAUAGAAAUUUAAUUGAAAUUGAUGGAAAAUUAUUAGGAUGUGAUGCUUUUCAGAGAGAAAUUUCCCCCCAAUUUGAAGUAUUAUAAUAUCCAUUUUUAAUCUUCUUAAAAAAAAUCUUGAUAUUUCUUCAUUAUAAAUUAGAAAUUUGACUGUAAUGAAAUCCUUUUCAAUUGAAAGAGUUUUGAAACAUCGAAAAUCCUAUAAAUAGUUGCAAUAAAUGUCCAGAGUUAGAAUAAAAA